AUGGUCUCGACCGCCCUCACUGCCGCUCUGCAGUCGAUUGCGGCAAGUCCUGCUACCUCCAGACACCAAAAGUACAAUGACCUUCUCACCCAACUGACGAGCGCACCAUCCGCAUCGCCUGAAGAAUACGGUGCGGACUUGAAUGCCUACUUCGACGCACUGCUCUCUUCUUCCCUCGGAAUCAUCUCGAUUCGCCCUCUCGUGGCCACGCUCAUCGACCGACUCGCGUCUGCGCCGCCCGAGGUCAAGAUCAAGGUUGGGUCACACGUCACCGAAGCCUUACAGCUCCAGUUGGCUUCCUAUGAAGAGCAGGAUGCAAGAGUCAGAGAGAUACUCGCAGACGGAUAUGAAGCAGAAGAGGAGUACACCGCGGCUGCAAAAGCACUCCAAGGUGUUCACCUCGACACUACCCAGCGUCAGGUCUCUGACCGAGCCAAGGUCGAGAUAUGGAUCCGCAUUGUACGGUAUUAUCUAGAAGAUGAUGACACUGUGGCAGCGGAAACGGCCUUGAACAAGAUCAAGAACUCGGCCGCUGCUGCUCAAGUUUUGAAGGAUGCCCCGGACCUGAGACUGCACUACCAGUUGUCCCAGGCCCGGAUCUUGGAUUCUCGCCGAGAUUUCCUCAAUGCCUCCGCCGAGUAUCUCAAUGUGUCUUUCAACACCAUGAUCGACGACGAAGAAAAACGACGAGCUCUGUCCGCAGCAAUCAAAACAGCCAUUCUGGCCCCCGCCGGACCCCAGAGAAGUCGGACUCUUGCCAAGUUGUACAAGGAUGAGAGAUCGGGAGAAACAGGGGAGUACGGCAUACUCGAGAACAUGUAUUUGGAUCGGUUGUUGUCGGCGACUGAAGUGGAGGCAUUCGCGGCAACACUAUCACCUCACCAGCUCGCCAAAACGGCCGACGGGAGCACGGUUUUGAGCAAGGCUGUCAUUGAGCACAAUCUCCUUGCUACCAGCCGGCUCUACAACAAUAUCACAACGGGAGCGCUUGCGCAGUUGCUUGGUCUCAAGGAUGGCAAGGAAGACACUGCCGCUGAAAAAGCCGAAGAUUACGCCGCCAAAAUGAUGGAGCAGGGUAGGCUGAGGGGCGAAAUCGAUCAGAUAGCUGGCAUCAUCCAUUUCGAGACUGUUCCUGGUGUUGCGCUGAGAGGACCGCUGCGUGAUCUUCGAGAAUGGGAUCAGGGAGUGCAAGGUCUGGUUGAAGAUGUGGAGCGAUGCGCCGCAGGAAUUAGUGAGAGCUUCCCGGAGCUCGCGGCAGAACGCAUGGUGCACUGA